GUGAAGUCGAGGCCGAGAUGACAGCUUUGAUCAGUGAAAACUUUCGAAGAUUGCUUCGGAAUUUGUUAGUAUGUGGACCCCUACUCAUGUUCAGAUAACUGUCCACAGGGCUAGAAACAUUGUGUGCAAAACUAAAGGAGGAAGUGAUGCUUUUGCUACCAUUCAGCUUGGAGAUGAAAAAUUUAGAACUUCAGUGAAAACUAAAACAUCAAAUCCAGAAUGGCAUGAAGAAUGUGAUUUACAAAUCCCUAAUGACAAGAGUCAUGUUGUGAUCAGUGUUUACCAUAGAAGCUUUGUUGGCCUAGAUGACUUCUUAGGUCAGGUAACAAUUAGCCUGGAUGAGCUGGCUGUUUAUGAUGCACCAAAGAGCAGUUGGUAUGCAUUAUCCAGCAAACCAGGCAAAAAAGAAAAGCACAAAUAUCGGGGAGAGAUUGAAGUGAAAGUCGGUUUCAUUGUUUUAAGUAAAACAACCAGCUUGUUAGAUGUCAGCAAAAAGAAAAAGAAAUCAGCCAGUGAUUCCAUAAAGGCCAUGGCCCAGGCUGUGGGUGAUAAGUUGUCAGUUAAGAAUCACCCCAGCAGGACAAUGUCAAUCAGCAGACUAGACAUAAUUGGUCAGAGCCGCAGCAAGAAAUCUCUGUCUUCUUCACCUCAGCCGGUCAGGGCAUCUUUUAACAUAUCUCCAAAUGACACUCCUACACAUGGUAUGUACCAGAGUGGAUCACUAUCAGAUUUAUCCCACGAAAACAGCUCCACUCCAAACACACCGACAAGAGAACUGAUCAAGGUUCCAGUACUGCACAACAAAGGAAAGUGUUCCUCACUUGAUGGUAAAGACACCCCUAAGAAAAGUCAGAAAAACAGAUAUUCCUGGGCCCCAGAGAGUAACUCUGGAUCUGAGUGGUCUUUAAAAUUUGGUACAGGAAAUCCAUCUGAAGAGCUAAGCAAGUCUGUUACCAACAUUCACAAGGAUUCUCCAACAGAUUUUUUGAACAAGACAGUGGUUCCAGUUAUCCAUGUGCAAGACCCAGAUGGAAGUGAUCAGACCUUUAACAACACGUUCUCACAGGAAACCAGGGGUGCUAACAAAGCAAUACUUGCAUACUCCAAGCGCCAUACCCUCCAUGGUAGCUGUGUGCCCAAGGAAGUAAAGGCAGACCUGAAAGAGGGCAGGUAUGACAGAGUACAGGAAUUUCUGGAUCAACAGAGGGCUAAAGAGAGGAAAGAUGACACUGUACCAGCACACAUAAUUGACAUGUACAAGCACAUGACAAGAGAGGACUUAAUCAAAACUGUGUGGUCCCAGAAGGAGCAGUUAGUUAAGAAAGAUCAGUACAUAAAAGACAUGGAAAACUACAUAGAUACCAUGUUAUUGAGAAUAAUGGAUACAGCCCCAAAGUUGCUUCAAGUUCCUUAUAAUGUCAAAAAUAUAAAGGAAAAGAAGAAAAAAUGACACAAAAAUUUAUGAAAUUCAAUAAAGAGCAGCACUAUGUGGAGAAUUUCUUAACCUUAUUUACCUGCAUUUUCUGCUCUUAGUAUGUGAGUCUUUUGUAUAUUUGGUUAUUUUGUUAUUUUAUUAAUUUUAUUAAAAUGUUUUGUAUUGUGAAAAAAUUGAGUUAAUUUAUAUAUCCUCAAGUAAAACAAUAGAUUUUGUAGCAGUUGAGGGAGAUCUGGCAGAAUUUUUUUUAAGUAAACCCACCAGGAAAUCUGUUUUGAAAAAUUAAUCAGUAAGUUUUUUUUUUAAGUGCAAUACGAUUUUCAAUCCAUUCUGUAUAUCAAGUUGCUUAUCAGCAUUGUUUAAAACCAUACAUGUCAAACAUUGAACUUUAUCUCAUGUGGUAUCUAGAGGCAGCUUAGUGUCAGUGGACAUAUCCAAAUUGAAAGUAAGAUUUAAUUAUGUGUAAAAUAUGUAAAAAAAAAAAUAUAGCAAUUAUGUUGUUGUCAGAGGUAGUAGACAGCGUAAUAUCAUUAACUGUACAGAACUGUUCAGUGAAGUGCAUUUUAUAGCCAGUAUAAAGGCAAAUAGAUAAUUACCAGUGGUCACAUCCUGUCAACGUUUACAGUAUCACAGAAAGUAAGAGGACUUUAGAUUAUUUUAACUAUUUAAGUGUGAUAAAUGUGGAUUGCACAUGGGAUAGAGUGAAUAUGUACUGCUAGUCCAAACAACUGGCAUAUGUUGUCAAAUGUAUUUUUCUCAUUCAUUCAUGUGUGUAAGUAUGUAACUUUAAUAUUUUAUGUUAGUUUUUCAUAGUAUUAAAUACUAGGGGUAUAGAAAGCAACAGUAUAAUCAGUCCUUUUGUCCCUGGUUAAGCAAAUUAGUUUAAGAAUUGCUUCCCAGUAUGGCAUCUUUUUUUUUUUUUUUCCUCAGUUCAGGCCUUAUUAAUGGAUGAGUUUACAAACACUACCCACAGAUCUUUUGGCACAAAAGCCCAUAUUAACCACAUAAUACACAAAUUAUUAAACACACCCUUAAGUAUUUACCACUGCCAAAGUGAUUCCUAGCACCAACACUCAUCCGCUCUGAUAGUAGUAAAUACUUAUAUGGUGUGUUGGUUAACUCGUGGGUUAUGUGGUAAAUAUGGGUGUUAGUGCUUAAAAAUCUGCAGGUAGUUUUAGUAAAUGCCUAAUCUGUUAAUAAGGCCUGCAGUUUAACUGUAUGCAUGUGGUGGAGAAUAUUUUACAGUGUUUGGUGCUAGCUUGAUGCAAGUUAGUCAUGGAUUUUAUGUUAAUUGUUCUGCACUCUGAUUUGGAAAGAUUUCUGAUGGGUAAACUUAAUUUUAAGUUUAAAAAACUGGUUACAUCAGCAUAUCAGCUUUCGGGAUGUUACUUUGACAUUUUAACCUUUGAUUUUAUAAUUCAAACCUAGGUUUUAUGUCACAUAUUCAGUUUUAUUUUGAAAUGAUAGGGCAAUUCAAAAGGGUAAAAUUACGGGAUUGGUAGAGUUUCAACAGUUUAACUGUGAAUAUCAGUGCUGAAGUAUUUGUGUAUUAACAUUUUUUGCAUGUUACUGUGCUUUUUGUAAUGUUUAGGGGAGAAUACUUUUUUGAACAUUGUAAUAAUGAUCAUGUUUUUUUCCUGGAAAAAUAUUAGUAGGUUUAUGUGAAAUCCCAAAGUCUUCUUAGAUAAACCAAAAGAAGUAAUAGAAACAAAUCUUGCCAAAUCGUCAUCAUAUAUAAUAUUUCAAUGAAAAACACUCAUGUAUUAUUAAUAUAGCUAUUAAGAUCAAGCAAUAUGAAGAGAUAUAGGUCUUCCAUGCUUUUCCAAAUUUGCUCAAAUUUUUUUCUAGUUUCAUUAAAAUGUAGGAUAUUCAAUGUGCCAAUUUUGACAAUCCAUACAGGUUUUGACAAAUAUGGGAAGAAGUUUACAUUAUUAGUUAUUGAAAAGUCUAUUUCAAAUUUAAUAAUAUUAUAUUUGAUAAAAAAUUGUCCUAAAUGAUUGAAUACUGUCAAGUUUUAUGAAGUAUUUUAAUAAUAUGCUCUGCUGCUGCAUGCAGUACAUUUAAGUAAAAGUACUUCAUUUGAGUGUUUUGAAGCAUGUUCAAUAAAAUACUGACAUCAAAUUAACGCAUUGCUUUAUUUUCUUUAAUACUCCCAGAGCAUAAGCCUUUUACUUAAACAUUACACAUUCAAGUCUGAAGGGCAACAUGUUUUUUUCUUGCUAUAACCACUGGUUGGAUAAAUAGUUGCAAAUAUUUUUUUACGAACCAACAUACCAAAAUGCAAGUUUGUUAAAUUGUGGUGGACUUCCAAACCAAAAUAAAACUUCCCAGAACAAA